AUGACCACCGAAGCCCUCUAUCUAGACGACGCCACCCUCACCACGACGACGACAACCCUCACCUCCUACCGCCCCAUCUCCGCCCUCAGCGACCCCGAAAAGACCCUGGCCAAGAACAUCCCGACGGAGAACCACUAUGCCCUCACCACCCGCCAAACCGUCUUCUACCCACAAGGCGGCGGUCAACCCAGCGACACGGGCGUGAUCCAGCUCCCGAGCACCCCCAACGCCACCGACAAUGAUAGCGCUACCAACGCAAUAACCUUCGAAGUCCUCCUCGUGCGCAAGACCUCAGACGGCGAGAUCCUGCACUUCGGACACUUCACCACCCCGGCAUUCCCGCUCUCCCUCGCCUCCAACGCCCUCGCCACGCAGACCAUCAACGCCGUCACCCGCAACUACCACUCGCGGCUGCACACGGCGGGCCACAUCAUCGGGCUCGCGAUGCGCCUGCUCGCCCCGGAGCUCGGGGAGCGCAAGAAGGUGAAGGCCAACCACGCGCCGCGCGAGGCGUGCAUGGAGUUCGAGGGCCUGCUGUACAACGAGCACCGGCCGCUGAUCGAGGGGAAGGUCAACGAGCUGGUACAGCGGGCGCUGCCGGUGCACAUCUCCUGGUGGGAGGAGCGGGAGAUUGCCGCGAAAGAGCUGAAUAUGGUCGAGGGGUUGCAGGUGGGGCAAGGGGGGAAGGUGCGGAUCGCGGAGAUCGCGGACUUGGAUGCCAACCCCUGUGGGGGCACGCAUGUGGCGCAUACCGGGUUGACGGGGUAUAUUACGAUCCGGAAGAUCUCGAACUAG